AUGGCCGACGAAGGCAGGUUGCGUCUUUUCGGUACCAAUAGAGCACGCCAACAUGACCCGAGGUACCGUGCCUCCGAAGCUGCCCUUAACGAUAUCCUCAAGGAUACCCCCGAAAACCAAGAAGCGCAUACUCAGCACAAGAGGAAAACCAUGUCACGGCUUCUAAGCUGGGAAGGAGCAUCUCGGAUUGACCGAGGCGUUGACCUGCUGACUAGUACAGACGCACUUCUGGACCAAGCAGACAAGCUGUUCAUGAACGCAAGCCAAAAGGUUUGGCACAGCCCGUCAGUUGACCAAUUGGCAGAAUCUCUACGUGCUGCGCUGAUGACAACCGAAACAAAUAAGCCACUGUCUGCUGAGUAUCGUCCCCAUGUCCUGCUUCUGUGCGAGUUUUAUGGCACCCGGCACCUCAAAAUCGCCGAGCUCGAAUCGCAGCUUGCGGAAGCAAAAGACGAGUUGGAAAAGGAGAGAGAUCGUCACAAAUCCAUAGAAGAACAUUGGAUGGUUCAGGAUGCACGAUACAAAGCUGAAGUCAAACGUCUUGAGAUAUUUAUCCAUGAUACAUCCGACAAAGGCAUGGAAGCUGUGGUACUAGCUAGAGUAGGAAGCCUCAUCAGAAACAGGCCAAGUGAUACUGCAAAGGGGCGAACGUCUACAGAGGCAAACCCCGACAAUACUUGUCACGACACCGUGGCCUCCGGUGCUACUUCCCAGAAAGCCAAUACAGAAGCAGCACUCAACUCGACUUUGCCAGCACGACAGAACACGGUGUUAUCACGUACACGAACCAUGGACUCUAGCAAGGAGAUCAGGCUGAGCCACGCUUUUCGAAAGAUGGAGAAGAUGAAAGCCACCACCAGCGGCGGUGCUCGCCGAACUGAGGCUCAACAUGUUGACCAUGGAAAGACACACCUUGAACACUACCGAGAAGGUCGGCAUCCUCCAACUGAUUAUGUGCCUCAUAUUGGCCCAACUCCCUAUGACGCAGUCGAUAAACCGCCACAUAAAGGCAAUCCCGAGAGAAAGUACAAUUCAACCGAGAAUACAGUGUCAUUGCAAGAGGCUGGUGUUAUCGGCCAACCAAUCUACGCUGCGAAAACAAGUGCACAUGAGCAUGAGCAUGAGAAAGUGAAGCAGGAUAGAGUUUCAGAGAGCAAGCCCAGUCAAAGCAUUGGCCAAGGAAACACUCGGCAUCGUCGCCAGUUCUCGUUUGUGCCUGGAGACGAUAUAACAGUUAGACAGCCGGCUACCGGAAACGAGCCGGUAGCUCAAACCGAGAACAGUCAGGAACCGUCAACUGGUCGGCAAACGGUUCAACACCGUCAAGAAAGCCGGAGGUCGAGAUCAGUAGAGUGGAUAUAG